GCAUUAGAGGUGCAUUUGGUGGACAUUAGCCGCUCGAGCAGCACCAGGAGCAUGUGGCUGAUUAGGGGCGGCGGUGGCUGGUUUCGGGCAGAGCGCCGUAUGUGGGGCAGAAAUAUUCGCUGUGCGUUUCGGGGGCUCAAAGCCUCGCUCUCUGCUGGGAUUUAUGGAGGUGCUGAGGAGCAGCUCUGAGCCCCGCGGACCCCGUCAGCCCGCCCCAUAAAGCAGCGCCCGGCCGCCUCUCCUCGUCUCGCCCGGCAUCCCGACCCUCCGACUCAACCAUUCAAGGCUCCCGUGCAUGGAUCGCCCCAGCGAGGGACCGCUGCCGGACGCCGCCGACACCGCCCCGUAGGCUCCCGGCCCCCCGUGCCGCCCCCAAGUACUCCACAUACCCCGAUGGGGUAACGUGACGGGGGUCCCCCUCCCGCCCCCCCCCCCCAUAUGCAGAGGCCUUUCUAGAGCGCCGGGGAGCGCGCGGCACCGGAGGCGGCAGCCGCUCGCCGUCGCGCACACGCCGAGGACACCGACACUACAGCAAAGGGAUAAUUUUUUUUUUUUUUUAAUUAUUAUUAUUAUUAUUAUUAUCAUUAAUAUUAUUUUUUCCCAUCUGGCUUUUUACCCCGGGGGGCUUGCAGUGUGUCGAGGAAGCCGGCGCGCUCCCAGGAGCUGGGAUUAUUUGCACAACGUCUGUAUAUUGAGUUCUCGAUCCUGUUUUAUUUUUAUUUUUUAAGCGCAGAGGGGCGGUUGGUUUUUUUUUUCUCCCCUCCACGCCACGCUUUUCUUGGGUUUUUCCCCCACUGCCGUCAGCACCGCCUCACCCUCCUUCCAUCCCACCAUGGCCCGGAUGAACCGCCCUGCGCCGGUGGAGGUCUGCUACAAAAACAUGAGGUUCCUGAUCACCCACAACCCUACCAAUGCCACGCUCAGCACCUUCUUGGAGGACCUGAAGAAAUACGGUGCCACCACGGUUGUGCGAGUGUGCGAAGUGACCUAUGACAAGACCCCCCUGGAGAAGGAUGGCAUCACUGUCAUGGAUUGGCCGUUCGAUGACGGAGCGCCUCCUCCCAGCAAGAUAGUGGAAGAUUGGCUCAACUUGCUGAAGACCAAGUUCUGCGAAGACCCCGGCUGCUGCGUGGCCGUGCACUGCGUGGCCGGCCUGGGGCGCGCUCCCGUCCUCGUCGCGCUGGCCUUGAUCGAGAGUGGGAUGAAGUACGAAGACGCCAUCCAGUUCAUCCGACAGAAGCGCAGAGGAGCCAUCAACAGCAAGCAGCUGACGUACUUGGAAAAAUACCGACCAAAGCAGAGACUCCGAUUUAAGGACCCUCAUAACCACAAGAACAAAUGCUGCAUCAUGUAACCUCAACGACCUCUUGCCAAAAUCCGUGCACACAGACACCCGGGCACUCGCACACAUCCCACCCCCUCACCUCCUCGCCCAGCCCCGCACACCCCACGCGCCACCCCACUGCCAGGGCUGGGGUGGGGGGACGUGGAGCACCACCACCGUGUUCCAGCACCCACGGCACCGUCGUCUUGCCGAACCCCCGAAAAAGGUUGCUCUCUCCAGCUGCAGCCCCGAGGAGGGAAGGCAGCGCUGCCCUUUGACUCUCGGUGUUAGCCGGCAAUGAGCUCACGUGACGGUUCUUCAUCCUCCUCCUCCUCCUCCUCCCUUUCCCCUCCCGUUGCACUGAGAGGGAUGGGGUGAAGGGUGCUUGGUUUGGAGUAACGCAGGCAGGGCUGUGCCAGCUGAGAAGGGACGGGGAGCAGGAGGGCCAGAGCACCCCCAGAAAAACCCUUUCCCACCUCUUCCCUAUAAAUAAGGGCUGCAGCAGCGGGGACGGAGGUGGGAACGGCGCAAUGGCCUCUACGGGGGAAGACGGUGACAGCAGGGAGAGGUGAAGGGGGCUUGUAGCUUGGUGCUGGCCCUGUGGCCACGGGAAGGGCUGAGCUAAUUCUCCCCAGCACCGGUUCCUUUCUUAUGGCUUCCUCUCCCACUUCGUCAUCUCCCCGUUGCCUUGAUGCCAGCCGGGAUGCUGCAGCUGGGGCUCGCUGGGGGCUCGCUGCAGCCAAGGCAGGGGUGCUGGGAAGCUCGGGGACCGUGGCGGGGCUUUGAGGCACCCAGCUUUGCCGGGGUGCAGGGUCAGCACUGGGUCCCCCAAAGUGUGGGGUGCUCUUAUUUAUAGCUUCCAAACUCAAUGCACAGGGUGGUGGGUUCUCUCCUGUCGUGUCCCCAUCACUUAAGCCGUGGCGCAAACCCCAAUUCUGGCUGCAGCGCCCUGGGGAUGCAAUGUGCAUCUCGGGGCACGUCCGUGUCCUCCACCGCUGCGUUUGCUGGCCGAGGGGCUGGGCUGCAGCUUUCCUGGGGGAUUUUGGGUGCUCCUGGCAAGAGCACAUCACCAAAUUUUGCACCUGCCUUUCCCACAUCUGUAACACGGCGCCUGGCACCCACAAACCCCCCCCCCCGGCGCGUGCCCUGGUGAGGUGGACUCAGAGUUGCCCCUGAGCCGGGACAUUAAACAUCUCUCAACUUUCUGCCUUUGAAUGCUUGCAGCAGCUGGAGCGGUGGGCACGUAGGGGGCAUGGGGGUGUUUUUUCUUUUGACGAGGAUAAGAAGAAAUUUGCUAAUUAAAGGAAAAAAAAAAAACUUCAAAAAAAAAAAAAAACCUGUUUGUCUUCCGCACGUCCUCUGGCCUUUCUUUCUCCCAUCGCUGCCCAGUGGAGCCCAGAAGGUGACCCGUGCCCCCCCCCCCGAGUGAUCUCCAGCACCGGGUCACAGCUGGCUGUCAUCCACUGUCACUAGGGCAUACGUGUGGCCCAAGGGAUGCUCCAGGUAUUCUUUGGGCUCGCAGCUGCUCACCCGCUCAGCUGCAGAGGAUCGCAGUUGUUGGGGCAAGGAGGGCUAGUCAUCCAGCGUCUUGUGGUUUUAGGCUGCCCGACUUGAGAUGCCUUCAGUGCCCUGCGUUGGGUAUCUCCAAAGGUUUAUGUGCCUUCCGAAACGUAGACUAUCCAGAGACAUUUGCUUCAGAGGGUUCAUCUCUUGGGAUAAGCGGUGAGGAAGGCUGGUUAGACACCUUCGGUACCUGCAGAAAGGUAGGGGACGGCUUCAUGCCACCACAUGUGGGCAGAGGAGGAGCUUGGAGCCGUUUCCAGUUCCACUCCUCCCGCUGGGAGCCAGCCUCACUGCACGGCAGGGAUGGCCAUCCCGUGGUACAGGCUGUGGUGCCGAGUGAGAUGGGGACCCUCCGUGCGUGGCCCCGGAGUUGUCCUACCGCACGCCUCUGGCCUGUCCAAGCCUCCACAUAUUGUGGGACAGCCCUUGGUCCCCUUGAGUUGUUCCUGCCCCAUUCCAGGCUGUUGAUUCCUACGUCUUGUGGGGAAGGCGGCAAUGGUCGAAGGGUCUGCGCUGGUUGAGAAGGGUGAGAAAUUGGGCUGAUAAAAAGGCCUGAUCUUGUAUUACAGCAGUCCCACUGGGUAGGUCACCGUCCCCUUCCUGCCCGGCUGUGUCCUCCUGCUGCUAAAAUAGGUGCUGCUUCAUCCCCAGGGGCAGGAGGAGGUGGCUCAGCUUUGCGAUGGGAACAGCCCCAAUCCCUCUUAGCCAAGAGACCUCGCGGUCCCAUGCGCUCCCUGGUCACCAUAGGCUGUGCCGUGACUCGUGAAGAGUUUAGGAUAAAGCGGUGGGAACCAUCGCUUUGCAGGCUUGGAGAUGUUUCUGCCCUGGCAAGAGGAGGAGAAAUGUCUUCCUCACCCGUGCUCAUGGGAGCAUCACACGGCGGAUUGGCCAGGGCAAGCAGUCCGGGGCUUUAGCCAUGAUGCUUUUGAGUUGGGGUCAGGACGGGGACAGAGGGGCUUGAAUUCAGCCUCUUUUGGCCAUGGGAACUCUUCACCUCCUCCAUGCAGGGUUUGACGGUGGAAGUGCUCGGUGCUGAGCUCUGAUGAGAGUGCACUCACAUCUCGGCUUGGUGGGCUUCUUCGCGGGGAACACGAGGGGGGACAAGCUUUGCAGUGCUCCUUUGCUUUAUGUAGCAUCAACCCAAACACCUUAAAAAUAGGGAGCUUCUAGCAUAAGAGCAGUCCUUGACCUGGUACAAUCCAUGUGGCCAAAUCUUGAGCACCUCUGGCUGGCAGUGCAGCGUCUUGAUACUCUUCAGUUUUAUUAGUUGCUGAAAAAAACAAAAAAAAAACAGAACCAUGCUGGUUUAAUUGUCCUAAUUUUUUUCUUUUUUCUUGCUUCAAUGGGUAUCUCCACCCCUGUCCUGGAACUUGCUGUCACCUCCCAUGUGCUGCUCCAUGCACAGGACAUCUCAGCAGCCAAGGAGCUGAGCAUCUCCUUGCAUGGAGAGCUUGAACCCGCUCCAAGGUUUCUCUGGGUUGGACUGCCAAAUAUUUGGAAUUUUUUUGAUAUGGACUUGGGCUCCUACCUCUGAGGUACCAGCUACUCAGUGUUUCAGCCUAGAGAGGGUUGCAGAAACAUGACAGGCUGGAGAAAUUGAGGGAUCUUCCAACUGCGUUUUGGCUUAGAAAUCUCAAAGAAGAGCCCAGUUCCCUCACAAAAAUCUUGGGACAGUUGGGGAAGAGGGAAAGUUGGAGCUCAGUAGACAUGUAACAGCAGAGUGAGGAGUAAGCGGCCAAGGGCUCAUAGUUUGGUCUGGUUUUGGGGUCUCUCCUUGUACGCUAAUCCUUGUUUCACCUCAGAUGCCAAGAUGUUGAAAGGAGAGCCUUAAAAUUCUGAUCUAUUUGCCAAUUCUGUUAUUGCUCCAGUUGUCUCCACUGACUCUUGGCAGAUGUCAUAGGGAACAGACACCCCCAUGGCUUUGACUACAAACCAAGCACCUUAUCCUGCCCUUUUAUGCAAAAGCAAAGGCACAAACUGCAUUUUAUACCUCUUCACCCCUAUCCAACUCUCACCUCCUCCAUGGAAACCCUCUAUCUUUCCGUAGUUUGCAGGGACAGGGCUCCAAACUGGUAGCAAAAGCUUUGGAGACCCAAGGGAUGGCAAAGCAGAAAUGCUCUAACCAUCAAACCAAGAGCUUGUAGGCUUUGCCCAGGAAUCAGUCAUGGCUGAACCUCACAUGGGGGAAUAAAUCUGAGCAGGAAUCCAUAGUUGUGUCCUCACACCGGUGGCACACGUGUGCCCUUACCUGCGUUUCAGUUAAGAGGCUCAUGUGUCCCUUCUGUUCUCCAUGGUUUCCAGUUGGAUGAAGCGCAUGGUGGGGGCAACGGUGGGAAGGAAGGCAAUGCAGCUGCCGCAAAUGGCCAGCUCUUUGUUUAAGAAAGGUCUGGUGAUGCGUAUUUAAAGACUUUGCAUUUGUAAAUGUGUAUUACGAGUCUUGCAAUAAGGCUGACGCUGUGGCGCUGGGGCUGAGAGCUUUGGAUGAGCAGGUUUAUGAGUAACAGAUUUCCCGAGGAAGCAGAGUCUUGCUCUAUCUACAAUAGAAUGAGUCGGGGUUUUUUUUUUUUUUUUUCAUUGGGUUUGUUUGUUUUUUAUUAGUCCCAGUGGGAAAGCGCACAGGGAGAUUCAUGACUUCCAUGCAGUUUCCAGGGUCUUACAUCUUACUUGCUUCCAGUGGGCUGGGUAGGUGCAGUUUGGCGGGUGGAUUUGGAUGGGAUACUGUCUGGUGGGAGAAAAAUGUGGCUGGUUUCUUCACGCAGCAGGGGGGUCACGGGCCAGCUGUGGUCCCGCUCGCAGGCUCUAGCAGACAUUCCCGGGGAGGGGGGUGUUUCACCACGCUCGGCUUUCCUUUAGACGAUGAUCUCCCAAUGAACUCUCGACUUCCCUGCUGUUUCUUUCUGUGCAACAAAGAACUGCAUAUUUUCCUUUUUAACUCCAUGGGCAAUCGUAGUAGUAUGUAGAUUAAGCCCAGAUGACUUUUUUUUUUUUUGGUCUGAGCCAUAGCUAAAUUAUUAUACCCAAUGCUUUUUGUAUCAGAUGGCAUCACUUUGAAUAUGCAGAUGAGGUAUAGGAUCUUGACACUUUAUAACCUUUUUAAAAAGAAACUUGUCUGUUUACUUACGUCCUGUGUAAAAAGGAAAAAAAAAAUGUAUGCCUUUUAGUAAUCACUUUUUUCUUUUUUUUUUUUUUGAGUUUUAUGAAAUUACAGUGGUUACACUCCAGCAGCGAAAUAAAAAGCGUUCACUGUUUUGUA